UAUGAAGCGGAGCCGCCGCCGCGCUCCGCGGAGACGGCGUGGGACGCGGUGGCGGAGCGGGCAUCCUCGGGCACCCAGCGGCGGCUGAGCCGGAGCCCUGCCGGGGCAGCGGUGGUGCGCGGGGCGGGAGCCCUGAGGAGCGGCAGCGGAGGAAGCCGCCUUUCCCCCGCCCGUCCGCCGGCCCCGGAGGGUGCCCGGUGGUCCCCGGCCCCGCCAGCCGCCUGCCCCCCAGCGCCGGGCCGUGGGCUGCCCGCGGCGGCGCUGAGGCGCGGGCGGCGGCGGCCGGAGCGGAGGGGCGGCUGCCAGGCGGGGAGAUGUCCGCCCCGUACGGCAGCCUGAUGAGAUACCUGUUCCCAGCCCUGCUGCUGCACGGGCUGGGAGAAGGUUCUGCUCUUCUUCACCCGGACAGCAGGUCCCACCCUCGGUCCCUAGAGAAGAGUGCAUGGAGGGCUUUCAAGGAGUCACAGUGUCAUCAUAUGCUGAAACACCUUCACAAUGGAGCCCGGAUCACUGUCCAGAUGCCUCCCAAUAUUGAGGGACACUGGGUCUCUACUGGCUGCGAAGUUAGAGCAGGCCCAGAGUUCAUCACAAGAUCUUACAGGUUCUACCACAAUAAUACAUUUAAGGCCUAUCAGUUUUACUACGGUGGCAAUCGCUGCACAAACCCUAUCUACACAUUAGUUAUACGUGGCAAGAUACGUCUCCGCCAAGCAUCCUGGAUCAUCCGAGGAGGUACGGAAGCUGAUUAUCAGCUACGCAACAUACAGAUCAUAUGCCACAACGAAGCAGUAGCCAAGAAGUUAAGUGAGCUGGUGAACCACACGUGUCCUGGAUUUAUACCAGAAGAUAGCCCCUGGGAGCAGGAUGUGAGCUACGAUUUGCUGAGAGAAGAGAAUGGCUGUGAAUGCACCAAAGCUCUGAAUUUUGCCAUGCACGAACUCCAGCUGAUCCGCGUGGAGAAGCAGUACCUGCACCACAACUUAGACCACCUCGUGGAGGAGCUAUUUCUCGGGGACAUUCAUACCGAUGCUGCUCAGAGGAGGUACUAUCGGCCCUCUAGUUACCAACCUCCUCUUCAAAAUGCCAAGAACCACGACCGCACGUGCAUCGCGUGCAGAAUCAUCUACCGGUCGGAUGAGCACCAUCCUCCCAUCUUACCCCCCAAGGCGGACCUGACUAUAGGGCUACACGGAGAGUGGGUGAGCCAGCGCUGCGAGGUGCGGCCUGAGGUCCUCUUCCUCACUCGCCACUUCAUCUUCCAUGACAACAACAACACCUGGGAAGGUCACUACUACCACUACUCCGACCCCAUCUGCAAGCACCCCACCUUCACCAUCUAUGCCAAGGGACGCUACAGCCGGGGCGUGCACUCCUCCAAAGUGAUGGGCGGCACGGAGUUUGUGUUCAAAGUGAACCACAUGAAGGUCACUCCCAUGGAUAUAUCCACAGCCUCUCUGCUCAACGUCUUCAACGGCAACGAGUGCGGAGCCCAGGGGUCCUGGCAAGUCGGGGUUCAGCAAGACGUCACCCACACGAACGGCUGCAUCGCCCUCGGCAUCCGCCUACCUCACACCGAGUACGAAAUCUUCAAAAUGGAGCAGGACGCCCGGGGCAGGUACUUGCUGUACAACGGCCAGAGACCGAGCGACGGGUCCAGCCCCGACCGACCGGAGAAGAGAGCCACUUCCUACCAGAUGCCUUUAAUUCAGUGCGCUUCAUCCGUACCCAGAUCCGAAGAGUCACCAGAGGAGAAUAAAAUAAGGCUGUAUAGCAGCAGGGCACCGGAAAAAUAUCCCAGCGCCCCAGCUCUUGCUUUGGUGUUGUUUAUUUGUACUGUGUCAUAUUGGGACAUUCUCAGCUAGAAGUGAAAAAAAACUUUAUUUUUCAUGACUACAAAGCCAGGAUUCCACCAGACUGGGGGUUGUUUUUCUUCCGAAAGAAAGGGACAUUUAUUUUCUUGAUGCACUUGAAUGCCUGAGAACUGUUGUUCUUUUCCUUACUUCCCCCCUCCUCCUUGAAUCCCAAACGGCACUCGUUUGAUGUUUGUGCUUUGAACUUCGUCCAGUCUGAUCCCUGGCCUGACAUGACUGCACAAAAGUAAUUGCACUUUAGGACUGCAGACUUUUGGGGGGAGGGAAGGGGGUCUCCUUUUAUUAUUAUUUUUUAACUGCUGGGGGGAACGUUAUGAUCCUGCUUCGGUCGUCUCUGCCAUCUUACCGUUGUGGUACUCUUCUCCCCAGCGCCCGGUUUCUCAUCAGGAUUUAGCUCUGGGGAAGGGCUCGGUGUCGUGCCAGUACUGUGAUAGCAGCUUCCCCCUCUGACUUCACAGCUCUGAUGUAGAUAUGUACAUAAGGAGGAAACCCACAAAGAUUUAUCUUGUCAUUAUCUCACAGCUCGUAACACAAAAAGAAACAGCAAAUCAACAGCCCUCCGGUCAGAUAGCGCUAAAGGGUUGAUACUUCUAAUUAAAAAAUAUUCCAAGUAAUUUAAGCUAUUUUUACAAUCAUUAAGUUGUAAAAAUAACCAGUGAUUUAAUAUUUUCUCAUUCAAUUUCCUUAGCUCUGGAAUUGCUUCGAGGCCUCCCUUUGUACCUAGCGAGUAGUUAACAACCAAGCCCCCUUAAAGCCAGACAGAAGCAGCGUUUUUCUGUCGGCUGCACACAGAGCAGGUAAGUCGCCGACACAAGGCUGCAGGGACUUCUUCUGUUUUCAUAUUCCUGAGGCCUUGCCUACACCCCCUGCGGUAUUUGUGCCUCGGAUUUUGUGCCAGCCAGGUGGGCAAAGUAAAGCAGCAAGCGGGCUCCAACGUGUUCUGUAACACUGUUUAGCAGCGUAUUUUUAGUGAUGUGACCUCACGUCGGAACAAGUGAAAGGUUGCAGCAGCGAGCGCACCGUGGCCUCCAGGAUCACUUGUAGUUCAGAGAGGCAGAAAGCAGCUGGAAACAGACCGGCAUCCAUGGGAUGGAGGGAGACUGGCCUAGUCUUACCAGAGGGAGGAGCAAGAGUUGCACAAAUGCAGCCACGUCCUCCUCCCUUUUCCUUCUGCUGGACCGUCCCAACGCGUACCAAAUCGGGAUUGGUUUGGGGAGAGACUGCGGGGAAGGUGGAUAGACACAGCCCUCAGAGAGCAUUCUUCCUUUGUUUUCAUAUUCCCGAGGCCUUACAUACUCCACGUGCAGUAUUUGUGCCUUGGAUUUUGUGCCAGCCAGGUGGGCAAAGUAAAGAAGCAAGUGGGCUCCAACGUGUUCUGUAACACUAUUUUACCAGCGUAUUUUUAGUGAUGCGACCUCACGUAGGAACAAGAGCCUGCCCUGGAAACCCUCAGUUUUCCCCAGUGGCAAAUAAAUCCUUGUGUGCUCACUGAUGUGAAUCAGUGCAGACUCUGGAGGGGCAGCAGGGGAGAUAUUUAAGGCCAGCAAGGAGGUAGGUACACGUUCAUGGAGAACCAUGCUCCCCAGCUUUAAUGGGGAGCGAGCUGAGGGCGCAGCUUAACCGUGCAGCAUUUGGGCUGUGGCCUUUACCGAUACACACGUGUUUAGGCUUACGGGAGGAGCAGGAACCCAUGCAAGAAAAAGAAGGAGUAAGGUCAUAGCGUUUCUUCAUCAGUAUCAGCAGCCUCUAGCUGCCCAGUCCAGUAGUAGAGAAAGCAAGCCUGUAAUGUGUUCUUUUCAGAGGAAAAGCUUGUCUUGAAUGAAGGUCUUUCAGCUUUACAUAGGUGAGUCUCUAUGCUCUGUGCUAUAGCAAAAGCAUUAUUUGAAAAUACAAUGAUAGCAUGGACCUCGCUAGCAAAAAUAGCAGGAAAAAGCCGUUCAAGUAGCAAAUGGCUAUGCUCUGGUUCCCUACCUUCUCAAAGUCCAUGCUUGACAGAUUUUCCAAGCUGGUAUCAGCCUUGGAUGCAAACUUCCUCAGAGUGGGAACAAAACUGCUUCACCCGGUUUUGAGACAGCAAAAGGAAGUGGAGAAAGAACAAUCACAGACUCUCACUGCCAGGUCAGGUCGCAUCUUUCAUGUUUUUUUCCUCAGACGGAGGGAAAACUCACUAACAGUCAGGAACAGAGCUCAGGCUGGCUCAGUAAUCACCUGAGAAAGUGUUCAUCCAUCCAUCUGAUAGCAGAUCCUCCUUCAGCCUGCUGGAAGGAGCUGAAAGCCAACUCACCACGAUGAAUCAAACCCUAUGAACAGCUGCUCUGAUCAGCAUUUCUUAAUGAUUUUCUGCUCCACAGAAUCAAACCUACUAGAAGAGUCAGUUUGGCGCCCGUUGCUGGUAGGGAGGCAUCAGGAGCAGAGUUUUAACUAGAGGGUCAAGAAGGAGACACGAUGCCUCUGAAAGAGAAGCUAGGAACCAGGACAGGUGGUUUUCUCUAGCUAGACUUGAGCGUUGUAUUCAACAGAUUGACGCCAGCGUAUCUACGACUGAGUUCCUGAGCUCUUGCAAUCAAACGAGUCCCUUAAAUACUAGCUUCAGUUCUGACUUCUGUUUUGAGCCAUAGCAGCAUGAGUGAAUGCACAUUUUUAUUUAUGAGGAUGGGAAUGGUGGGAUGUUCCCUAGAUCACACAAGACAAGCAACUAUUCGCACAUUGGGUGGUGGUCCUGUCUCUGGAAAAGCAUCAAUGGGUAGGAGCUGUCAGACCCCGUUCCUUCCAUAUGUACGCGCCACACAGCUUCGGUCCCAGCUGAAAUCUGCACACACUCGUGAUGCAGGACAGAAGCAGACAGCAAAGGAACUGCUCCGCAGUGUGGUGUUCUACACUCAUCAGGGCAAUGACCUACAAUUUAUUAGUGCUUCAUGGCUCCUCUGUAAAUUGCCUAAUGUCAGAAAUAUUACCACAGUUUCAAGAGAAAGUGGACUGCCUAGUUCUUCGCUCUAAAAAGCACAUUGAUGUCUCAACUGUGUUCUGAAUCACAGGCUUGCAAAGAUCUAGGUUUUCCAAGGUCUACUGUUACAGUAAACGCAAACACGGCGCAAUAUAAAAAUUGUACAAGAACUGCAUUUUUUUUUCUGUCAUCUAGAGAUAGUCUGAAAGGAAGCACUUGAAAAAUGCCUUCAUGAUGCGUGUCCGUCAAUCUGAUUUGGGGGUCCUCUAGUUUAUUUGUAGUGUGGACCAGCAACAUAAUUUUAUAAUUUGGGUUCUUAGCAUACACUGCACCAGCUUCCCUCCUUCUGCCUAUAUAUUUUUUCUUUAUUUUUCUAUUAGCCACUAGAAGCUCAGUUGGACAAAGAUAUAAGUCUUCAGAGUGCAUAGUUUAGUUCCCUAUCCGUGUUCUCUGCAAGACUUCUCCUAGGUUACAGGCACAGAACUAAGCUUCCGUGAUGUUUUGGUUUCAUCACGCACUAAAUUAACUGCUGCACAGCACCAUAUACUUUUGUGAUGCAAUAUAUUCCAUUCAUUUUAUUUCUCCAACCUGACCUCAUGUGCUGGCAGCCCUGGCCGCUGAAAAAGUUAAGCCGCAAGUGGUUUAGCAGUGGAAGACCUACAAACCGAGUAAUUUAUCCCAUCCAGAAGCGCCGAAAUUUUGAGAAGGGAAGCAAUUAAUGUUGGUAUCUUCAGUAACUGCCAGUGUUGCCAGGACAGGUGAAAAUUUUUCCCUUGGCAUCACUGUCAGAUCCUACUCAAGGAGCCACCUGAUAGAAGAAAUGGUAACCCGAAGAAGUUAUUGUGCAAAUUGUUUUAACAGGUUCUAGUUAAGAAAAAGGACAAAAGGGAUCAGAAAAAUCAAAACAAGUGUUCUUGCUCUGUUUCUAUACCGUUUACUUAUUGUGCCUGCUGCCCUGGGGUAGAAUGUCAUUUUUAUGAAGAGAAGUCCGUGUUUUAAGGUAUAAUGUCUGUCUUGCUUGAGUUGGAGUGUGCUUGCUUAAAGUGCAGGAUUAAAAAAAAAAAAAAUCUUUUUAUUUUUGUAAAGUUAUAGAAGAUAUUUUUCUUCUCAACUAUGUUCCAGAUUAAACUGCCAGGGAAGUUUAAGCACUUGUGAAACUAUUGGUU